ACUGGGAGGUGUCCGGGGAGCCCCCCCGCGGGCUGAGGGACCCCCAAAAUUCACAUGGAGGCCACCCCCCCGGGCACGCCGCCCCCUCCCCGUGACGCGGCUCUGGCCCUGGCCGAGGUUGCCGUGCUGGCCCUGCUGCUGCUCCUGGCCGUGGCCGGCAAUGCGCUGGUGCUGCUGGCCCUGCGCUCGCCCCGCCGCUGGCCGCGCUGGCCCGGGCCGCCCCCCGCUCGCCCCGCGCGGCCCCUCCGCAGGUACCUGCGGCACCUGAGCCUGGCGGACCUGGCGGCCGCGGCCGGGCAGGUGCUGCCGCAGCUGCUCUGGGAUCUCACGGACCGGUUCCGAGGGCCCGACCCGCUGUGCCGCCUCACCAAGUACCUGCAGGGCGUGGCCAUGUUCGCCUCCGCCUACGUGGCGGUGGCCAUGGCUUGGGAUCGCCACCGGGCCAUCUGUCACCCGCUGGAGGGGUCCUGGGCCACCACAGAGGGAUCCUGGGCAACCAUGGGGGGAGCCGGGGCCAUGACGGCGAGAUCUGUGGCCACCACGGGAGGAUCUCAAGCCACCCCAGCUGUGUCUGGGGCCACCAGGAGGGGGUCUUGGGCCACCCCAGCUGGGUCUGGGGCCACCACACAGGGGUCCUGGGCCACCAUGGGGGGAUCCGUGGCCAGCCCGGGGUGGUGCCAGGUGGCCGCGCGCUGGGCUCGCUCGGGGCUGCGCUGGAUUCGCUCGGGGCUGCGCUGGGCUCGCUCGGCUCUGGCCGGGGCUCGCCGGCGCUGGGACGCGCUGGCCACGGCCUGGGCUCUGGCGCUGCUCUUCGGGCUACCGCAGGUUGGCAUCUUCGGGCAGCGCGAGGUGGCCCCGGGCGAGAGCGACUGUUGGGCGACCUUCGCGCAGCCCUGGGGAGCCCGGGCCUACGUGACCUGGGUGGCGCUGGCCGUGCUGGUGGCCCCCGCGCUGCUGCUGGCCACCCUGCAGGUGGCCGUGACCCGCGCGCUGCGCGGCUCGCGAGGGGUCCCCGGUGGCCCCGGGGGGCUCGCGCGGGCCCGCGCCAGGAGCCACCGCAUGGCCGCCGUGGUGCUGGGCGUGUUCGUGCUCUGCUGGAGCCCCUUCUUCUGCGCGCAGCUCUGGGCCGUGUGGGACCCGCGGGCGCCGCGGGAAGGCCCUGCCUUCACCAUCCUGAUGCUCCUGGCCAGCCUGACCAGCUGCACCAACCCCUGGAUCUCGGCCGCCUUCAGCGCCACUCUGGCCCGGGCCAUGGCCAGAGUGCUGUGUCCCUGCCGCCACCAACGGGGGGUGACAGAGUGACACAGAGUGACACCGGGCCAUGGCCAAAGUGCUGUGUCCCUGCCACUACCAACGGGGGGUGACAGAGUGACACAGAGUGACACCGGGCCAUGGCCAGAGUGCUGUGUCCCUGCCGCCACCAACGGGGGUUGACAGAGUGACACAGAGUGACACCGGGCCAUGGCCAAAGUGCUGUGUCCCUGCCACCACCAACGGGGGGUGACGGAGUGACACAGAGUGACACCGGGCCAUGGCCAAAGUGCUGUGUCCCUGCCACCACCAACGGGGGGUGACGGAGUGACACAGAGUGACACCGGGCCAUGGCCAAAGUGCUCUGUCCCUGCUGCCACACGAGGGGACACACGGCGUGACACAGUGACACAGAGUGUCACCGAGUGACACACAGAGUGACACUGGGGUGACACAGGGGUCACAGGGAGCCAUGGCCAGAGUGCUGUGUCCCUGCUACCACCAACGGGGACACAGGGGAUGACACAGUGACGCAGAGUGGCACAGAGUGACACAGGGACAGAAAGUGACACGAGAGGUGACUCAGUGUGACACAGAGCCAUGGUGUGUGUCCCGUGUCCCUGCUGCCACCCUCGGGGUGACACGGAGUGACACAGAGUGACAAAGGGGUCACACAGAGCCAUGGUGUGUGUCCCGUGUCCCUGCCACCACCAACGGGGACACGGGGAGUGACACAGGGACACACAGAGUGACACGGGGGUGACACAGAGCCAUGCUGUGUGUCCCCUGUCCCUGCUGCCACCCCCAGCGUCACACGAGGUGACAGGAGGUGACACAAGGACAGGGCUCACACUGGUGACUCAUGUGACACGAGGACACACAAGGGACACACAGGGGGACCUGGGGACACACGGGGGAGUCUCGUGUCAAUCAAGGGGCUCAUAUCACAUUUGGGGUCUCUCGUGCCAUAUUUGUGGGCCCUCCUGUGACAUUUGUGGUCCCUCGAGGGACUCCUGUCACAUUUGGGGUCACACAGGGGGCUCGUGUCACAUCUGGAGUCACACUCGUGUCACAUUUGUGGUCCCUCGAGGGACUCCUGUCACAUUUGGGGUCACACAGGGGGCUCGUGUCACAUCUGGAGUCACACUCGUGUCACAUUUGGGGUGCCUCAGACUCGUGUCACAUUUGGGAUCACUCCUGUCACAUUUGGGGUCACACAAGGGGCUCGUGUCACAUUUGGGGUCCCUCCUGUCACAUUUGGGGUCACUUGGGUGGCUCGUGUCAGAUUUGGAGUCCCCCAUGUCACAUUUGGGGUCGCUCGGUGCAAACCCGUCACCAAUAAAGCAGAAUUUUACCCCAAAUCUCCCCGAUUUUCUUGUGGGACAUUGGGAAAAUUUUUCUCCCGAAAAUUGAGAGAAAUCAGCCCAAAAAAAGGGGAAAAAAGAGGAAUAGAUCCCCAAAAUUGAGAGAAAUCUUAUGGGG